GUGUUUCUUGAAAACACAAUGUGGAAGAGAUGUGUAAUAUCCUUAUGUGAUACCACUCUGGUGGUGUGACUAGUUUUAUUUUAUAUUUCUAUAACAAAAUCUGUAUUUUGCUCUAUUAAUCUAUGUAUAAGUUACACUAAGGCUGCAUGUGGAUGCCGAUCUUCUUAACUGAUUGACUUUACACUGGCAUGUCAGGACCAAUCCUCUUUUUUCCCUCCCCUCUCUCUACAUUUGAAGUUGAGACUAAAUUCAACGAUUGUAGUGAGAGAGUUGUGUGAUGGAUUCACUUGGCAACCUUUCUCUUGGGUAGAAUUAGUUAGUGUGGGCUGAGGAUAUCACUUUGGAUUUUACUAAGUGUCAAGACGUGGACAAAAUUCCAAAAUUAAAAACAGGGAAUACAAAACUGAGGCAUCCGAAGGCUAUGCCAGGGCCAGAUGGAUACAAAGAACCUUGUUCUUGCCAAAACUUUACUGAGUCUAAAACUUACUGUCCCCAUAAACAUCCACUUAAGGGUAAGAAAUGGCGCAGAACGACAAACUUUAUUUUGAGGAGUGAUGCCCAGAAGGACCACCACUUCUGGGCCAGCCAGCACUCCACACCAGCAGCACAAAGCCCACACCAAGAAAUUGCAGCUCAAGAUCUCGUUGCUCCACCAAGGAUAAAACCAACCCCAAAACCUCGUCUACUGAAAGCACAGUUCCAUGCUGACCAUCCUCAGCCUGUCAAUAAUAUGGAUGAUGUACCUGCACCAGACCCAAAUUGUUCAGAUGGAAAGAAUAAUGACACCCAUUUGGAAAAUUGGAACAUUCAUUCAAAAACGACCUCACAUAAAUCAAAAAGAGUCCCUCCGAGCAUACCUGUACCUGCCAGACCCCUUCCCAAAGAGCCAGAGCAACUGAUCUCAAUGACGUCAUCUAAAAAUGAUAUUGAUGAGGGUAUUAAUAUGAAUAUACCCACAACACCAGCCCAAUCUGAAUGCUCCAGUUUACUACUGCUGCGGAACAGACAAUCAGGUUCUGACGUUUGUCCAAGUGACAGACCUCUUCCACACCUCUCUCUGUCAAAAUCAAUUCCUGCUCUCAGGAUCCAGGAUAAAAACAAAGUAACUCUUGAGCUCAACAGUGAAGUUGGAUUGGUCAGCAACAUUGUCAGGGAAAGUUUGGUUUUUGAGCUACACAAAAUAUUCUCAGGAGCAAUUAAAGAGAGAGAUUUAAGCACCAAAAAGCCAAAAGUAGAAAGACUACAUGAAAAUAUAUCCAUCUCAGGUGUUUCCAAUGGAGAGAGUCCAGAAGAUGUUCCUUCUGUGAUAAAAUACCAAAAAACAGAUGGCGAGAAUCUCUCCGAGCGCUUGCUUGAAACUUCUCAGAGGACACCAACAAUGCUGCCUCUUCCUGGUUUGGUGGACAAACUGAUAGAAAGCCCCUCUAAGACAGACUCCUAUUGCAAGUGUGCUGAUACUAAGAAAAAGUCACUGGAGAACUUAUGGCAGGAGCGAAACAUUGUAAGAGACAGUGGAAUACUGAGCCAACUCAGUAAAGAACAGCUAAAGCUUCAAGAGCAUCUGUAUGAGGUUGUCACAUCUGAGCAGACCUAUCUUCAGAGUUUGACAGUGGCUGUGGAACUUUUUCAGGAAUCGUCAGUGCUGAAAGAUGCUCUGGCACCAAGAGACAGAAAGUCAUUGUUUUCAAGCAUUGCAAAAAUCAAAGAGAUCAGUCAAAGCUUCAUGGAUGCAAUGCUGUUGGAGCUGGCUUCAAGUGUGUUCUGCGAUGUAAUCUGUGAUGUUGUUCACCAACAUGCUCUUGGACCCUUUGGGGUUUAUAUGAAUUACAUCCGUAAUAUGCACUAUCAGGAGCAGACAUUGCACAACCUUAGUAAAGAGAGUCCUCAGAUUGUGGAGAUCUUGCAUAAACUACAGGAAGACCCUCGAUGCAACCGACUACCCCUCAAAUCUUUCCUUUCACUGCCAUUUCAGAGAAUCACUCGGCUUAAAAUCCUAAUGCAGAAUAUCCAAAAGAAGGCCAUUCCGGGAUCAGAUUGUGAGGCCUCAGCACUGAGAGCUCUGACGGAGAUCUCCAGACUACUAGAGGCUUGCAACUGGCAGGUGGGCAGAAUGAAACAGAUGGAAGAAAUAGUGCAAAUUGCUAACAAGAUUGAGUUUGCGUGCAAGGCCUUGCCUCUUGUGUCUUCCUCCCGCUGGCUUGUGAAACAGGGAGAUCUGGUUCAAAUCUCUUCAAAGGAAAACAUGUUUGGCCAGAGAAAACUGUGUCAUGUACUUCUGUUCCUCUUUAAUGAUCUGCUGCUGGUGGCAACUAGGAAAGGGUUGGACCGGUUUGUAGUUCAGGACUAUGUGCACCGCUCUCUGAUAGAGGUGACUGAGGGGAAAGACCUGGAGGAGGAGCUGGAGGGAUGUGAACUGAACCGGAUAUUUCGGCUGGCCCUUUUGCAUAAUCACCGGAGCACCACCUCUCAACUUCUGCUGCAAACAAAUUCAGAAGCUGAGAAAAACUUAUGGGUGGAUCUUCUGGGUGGGCGGAGAGAUAGAGAGGACUCUGUGUAUGAAGAGUGGGACUGUCCUCAGGUGCGUUGUAUUGAGGUGUACAGAGGACAGCAACGAGGGGAGCUUAGUCUACAGCUAGGAGAUAUGAUCAACAUCAUACAGAAGACUACUGAUGGGUUCAUGGAGGGCCGUAGGGUACAGGAUGGACAGCGGGGCUGGUUCUCUGCUGCGUGCGUGGUAGAGAUCACCAAUGAACAUGUGCAGAGACGUCAUCUUCGUCAGCGGUAUCAUGUCCUACAGACAGCCACACGCCUGCUGAAACAACGUAGUGGAGGCCUUGAACAGCGAACCACAACAUGCUUUAAAUGAGAGACUUCUUAGACAGUCUAUAUUUAGAGACUUUGACUUCAGUUUUAGUUGGUCUUUUGGUCUUAGUUUAGCUUAUAUUUGUAUUUUUUUUAUUUGGACUUGCACAUUUUUAGAUUUUUUUACCAAAAUGUAUUACUUUUCUGAACACCCCACAACAUUAAUGACAUAUUUAACUUCCAG